GGCAAGGGGGUUCAAAGGCCGAAAAGGCGAAGGGAGUAGUAGAAGUUUGUACUUGGUCAUCCUGAUAUCUCCCCUAAGAUCCUUCCGUGUCCAGUUCUUUCGCCUCUAUAAUCUCCUUCCCUCUCCCCUGCAAACUCUCAUCAACUCAACACCCCCGCCCCUUUUCUUUAUCUUUCAUUUCUCUCUCAAAACUCUCUCACUGUGUUCGUGUUUGUGUUUGUGUGUGUCACUGUGUUCGUGCGUGUGUGUGCGUGUUUGUUUGGAUCUCGAUGUUUUGUUCACUCCACGCUCGGAUCCUCUACGAACUGUUCCGGACUUUUCGGUCUUCCAUGGUUUCCUUCUUCUCAGCUCUCGGCCCGAUCGGAUGCUUAAUCUGAGUUUUUCAAUCUGUGUCUAAUUCAGCUGUGAUUAUCCAUGAAUGAUGUUCGGUUGUUUUUAUGAUAUGAAAGUGCUUUUCAUUCAAAGCAGUGCUUUUAUGUUAGCUCGACUUGUAGUUUGUCCUGCUUGGCAAAGAGAGUACAGCAAAAAUAGAGCGUGUGGCGGGUUUUGGUGUUUUGUCACCAUUUGGGAAAUGACUUGCAAAAGAGAUGACAGUGAUGAUGAGAUGCUCCCUAAGGAUCAGGCUGAGUCUCUGUUGAUUAAUGAAAGUAAUGGAGGAAGUUCUGGUGGAGGAGCUGUUCUGAAAAAAGGGCCAUGGACAUCUGCUGAAGAUGCAAUUUUGGUGGACUAUGUCAAGAAGCAUGGGGAGGGGAAUUGGAAUGCUGUUCAAAAGCAUUCUGGGUUGUUCCGAUGUGGCAAAAGUUGUCGAUUGCGAUGGGCAAAUCACCUCAGGCCAAACUUGAAGAAAGGCGCAUUUACAGCAGAAGAAGAACAAGUGAUUAUUGAACUCCAUGCCAAGAUGGGAAACAAAUGGGCACGGAUGGCGGCACAUUUGCCCGGUCGUACAGAUAAUGAGAUAAAGAACUAUUGGAAUACUCGAAUUAAGAGACGUCAACGGGCUGGCUUACCUCUUUAUCCCCCUGAAGUUACUGUGCAAGCAUAUCAGGAGGGUCAAGUUGACCAAAACACUGGUGGAGUUGAUGGUGAGGAUAGAGGACAGCAUGAUCCUUUGCAAAGUAACAAUUAUGACAUACCUGAUGUCAUAUUUGACAAUUUGUCGGCCAAUCAGGGUAUCUUACCUUAUGUCCCCGAACUUCCUGAUAUCUCUGUGAGUAACAUGCUGUUAAAGGGUGUUGGUUCUUCUCCUUACUGUACCCUGCCACCAAUGUUGCCUCGGCAGAAGCGUUUUCGAGAAUCAACUGAUUUAUUCCCUGGUUCAAGUGGUAGUGUUGGAAAUGGGUUCCGCUCUCGUGAUGACACUAGUCAUAAAGUUGCUCGAUCAAUUGGAUUGUCUUCUCCUCUUGAUUCUGAUCCUACCACUAAGAACUCACAAUCUUUUGGUGUAAUUCAGGGUAGCCAUUCCCUCUCAAAUGGCAAUUCCUCUGCUUCUGAGCCCACUUAUGGGGCUUUGAAGUUGGAGCUCCCUUCACUCCAAUAUUCAGAAACUGAUUUAGGUAGCUGGGGCACGUCUCUCCCACGUCCUUUGCUUGAGUCAGUUGAUGCUUUUAUUCAGUCUCCUCCACCAUCUGGUGCAUUUGAGGCAGAUUGUUCUUCCCCACGUAAUAGUGGUCUGCUGGAUGCUUUACUUCAUGAGUCAAAGACUUUGAGAAGUGCAAAGAAUCGAUCAUCUGACAAGAGUUCAAACUCAUCCAGUGCUACUCCUGGUGAUAAAGCGAACAGUUCCACUUUGAACAUUUGUGAGACAGAAUGGGAAGAUUGUGGGGAUCCCAUUUCUCCACUGGGUCAUUCUGCAACUUCACUCUUCAGUGAGCACACUCCUAUCAGUGCAUGUGGAAGUUCAUUGGAUGAACAACCGCCUGCUGAGACCUUUACUGGUAUCGCUGUGAAAUCAGAACCAGUGGACCCAGCGUCAACACUAGAUAUGGAAAAAGAAACCACAACUAGGUUGAAUUUUAGUCGGCCGGAUGUUUUACUUGCAUCAGACUGGCUUCAGCAGAGUUCUGGGUAUAUUAAGGAACAAAGCAUAAUGUCGGAUGCUAUUGCAACACUUCUUGGUGAUGAUCUUGCUUCUGACUACAAGCACCUGGCUUCUGGAACUUCUAUAUCAAGUCAAGGAUGGGGGCUUAAUUCUUGUCCGUGGAAUAACAUGCCUGCUGUCUGUCAAAUGUCUGAUCAUCCUUGAAAAAUGCUGUCAAUUUUAUGAACUAGAAACUUUUGUCUCUUCGUUCAUGUUGUUGAUUUGUUUAAUGUGGGUUUUAAGGCUACUGAGAAAUGUCUCUAGCGGGUAACUUCAAAUUUAUGAAUCACGUGUUGUGGGUGUUUUGUUUGUGUGCUUUGUAUUUCUUUGUCUUUCAAGUAGUGUAGUGCAUGUAUACCAAUAUUGAACUACAUGAGGUAUACAAAAUGCAUCGAGGCUUUUUUUUUUUUUUUUUAGAAUUGUAAAAUAACUACGCAUGUCAAAUGUGGAACAUUGUAAUCCUGUUUGUUUCUUAUUUGUCAACGUCAAUUUGCUUGGAUUUC